AUGAGGAUGAGGGGGGCUCUGGUCCUUCUCUGCAUGGUUUCAACGUGUGGAGCUCAGAAAUGGACACAGAAAACCCAGCGCUGGGACGCUGCAGAACACACCUACGGCAGAACUUGCUCCAACCUGACUCAGGUUCUGGAUAACUGGAAAUUUGCUAUAGUCAGCCAAGUGAAAGAUCUGCUGAUUAAUGACCAUGCCUCCGUCCUCCCUGAAUACAACAGGAUCCAGCCUCUGUCAGAAGCACUGGGAGACCUCUACAGGCAGUUUAACUCGCUGAAGGACGAGCUGGGGAGCCUCGGCACAAAGUUUGACCAAGUGGAGGCUUUUGUGGACGACCUCAGCACCGGCAGAUCCACUCAGCCCAUUCCGAGGAUUCACCCCAGGGUCGGACUGAGGUCUCCACUGCAGGCGCAGAGGAGGGCUCCUGGCAGGAGGAUUGUCAGGGGGCCAACACUGAUCGGAGCGAGGACGAAAAGGCUUCAGAGACCGUAG